AGUUUUGAUUUCCUGCUCAUGGGCUUCUCUGAAUACCCAAGAGAACAGCAGUUUCUCCUAUUCGGGCUCUUCCUAGGCAUGCACCUGGUUACUGUGCUGGGAAACCUGCUCAUCAUCCUGGCCAUUAGCUCUGACCAGCACCUCCACAUCCCUAUGUACUUCUUCCUGGCCAACCUAUCCUUUGCUGAUACCUGCUUCACCUGCACCAUUGUCCCCAAGAUGCUGGUGAACAUCCACACACAGCAUCACACCAUAUCCUACACCGGGUGCCUCAUGCAGAUGUACUUCUUCAUGGCUUUGACCUUGUUGGAUGACUUUCUGCUGGCCAUGAUGGCCUAUGAUCGGUAUGUGGCCAUCUGCCUUCCUCUCCACUACACCAUGGUCAUGUGUCCCCAACACUGCCUGCUGCUCGCGUCCACAUCCUGGUUCUGUGCCAGCCUCCUGGCUUUCUCCCUCACUCUCCUGAUGGCUCAGGUCUCCUUCUGUGCCUCCCAUUCCAUCCCACACUUUUUCUGUGAUGUACCCCCACUCCUCAAGCUUGCCUGUGCAGACACCCAUAUAUUCCAGGUCACAAUGUUAACUGAAGCAGUCCUCUCAGGUAUUAUCCCUCUCAGCUGUGUUCUGUUCUCUUAUGCUCACAUCAUGCACACCAUACUCAGGAUCCCCUCUGCUGGAGGAAAGCAUAAAGUCUUCUCUACCUGUGGCUCUCACCUGUCAGUGGUCACUCUCUUCUAUGGAACAAUCUUUCUGGUAUAUUUCCAGCCCUCAUCCUCCUACUCAGCAGAUACUGGAAUGAUUGUAUCUGUGAUGUACACAAUGGUCACACCCAUGCUGAACCCUUUUAUCUAUAGCCUGAGGAACAGAGACAUGAAAAGGGCUAUAUGGAGACUCCUUGGCUUGGUAAAAUGUUCUAUUCAGUAA